AGGGUCAGGUCUCAGUGCAGGGGAUGGCAGGGUCAGGGUCAGGUCUCAGUGCAGGGGAUGGUAGGGACAGGGCCAGAUCUCGGUGAAGGGGAUGACAGGGUCAAUAUCAGGGUCAGGUCUUGCUGCAGGGCAUGACACGGUCAGCGUCAGGUGUCGGGGCAGGGAAUGGCAGGGUCAGCGUCAGGUCGGUGCAGGGGAUGGCAGGGCCAGAGGCAGGUACAAGGACAGAUGCAGGGGAUGAUGGGCUGGUACAGGUCCCGACAUGGAUGUAGGGAUUUAGAGUGUGGUUGUGAGUCUGUUCCCAGGCCUGGACAACGUUCAGGGGACCCUGACGUUGUUGUUGCCGGCCAGUUACAGAAACGGACGAAGUCUUAGUUGUGCAGUAGCCCCGUCCACCUGAUCCACGGGCUGCACCCUACUUUGUAAACUCGGCGGGCAUGCGGGGGCAAGCGAAUGGACGAGGUGGCCUCUUCCAGUUGGUGGUGGGCGUCUCAGCUGCGGCGCCAGCUGGCUGGACUGCCCUCCCUAUCCAGGGCAGACGCGGAGCCCGCUGUCAGAAAGCUUCGGGCCUCGCUAGCGUCGCUCAGAGCCCCGCGAGGGAGCGUGGCCGCCCGCCGUGUGCGGACGGUCCCUUGAAAGCACCGCCCCCGAGCGCAGCGUCCCUUGCCAAGCAGGACAGGUCCGGUUCGACUUCCAUAACUUGCCACUUACACUCGGGUCUCCCUGUCCUUCUACUUUGCAGUUAACGACUUUAAAAAACCCGGGCAAGCCGGGACAGCGCACGUGGGAUCUCGCCCACCGCAACCCUCGUCCGCGGAGCCGAGAACGCCGCUGCUGCUCCGCGAGGUUUGACCCUCGCUGCGCUCCGUUUUCGGCCGCGCGUGGUCGCGUUCCCGCGCUUUCGGCCUGAAGGGUCAGAGGGCGCGGCGCAGGCGCAGGGAGCCGAGGCGGCGGCGGCGGCCAUGGGGGAGGCAGGCGGCGCUGAGGAGGCCUGUCGGCGCGUGGGGGCCCGAGAGGAGUUCGUUAAAGUCCGCAAGAAGGACCUGGAGCGGCUGACGACGGAAGUGAUGCAGAUCCGCGACUUCCUGCCCCGCAUUCUGAACGGGGACGUGCUGGAGAGCUUCCAGAGGCUGAAGAUCGCCCAGAAGAGCCUGGAAAGGAAAGAGCAAGAGGUAGAGCAACUGAGGACAGACUGUGCGCACUUCAGAGCCCGCCUGGAGGCCGUGCAGGCUGACAGCAUGAGAGAGAAGAAGGAGAAGCUCGCUCUUCGACAGCAGCUGAACGAAGCGAGGCAGCAGCUCCUGCAGCAGGCAGAGUACUGCACGGAGAUGGGGGCGGCGGCCUGCACCCUGCUGUGGGGCGUCUCCAGCAGUGAAGACGUGGUCAAGGCCAUUCUGGGAGGAGAGAAAGCUUUGAAGUUUUUCAGCAUCACUGGUCAGACCAUGGAGAGUUUUGUGAAGUCGCUGGAUGGGGAUGUCAAGGAGCCGGAUUCUGAUGAGAAUCAGUUUGUGUUUGCUCUGGCUGGGAUCGUGACAAAUGUGGCCGCCAUUGCGUGUGGUCGAGAAUUCUUGGUUAACUCAAGCCGGGCUCUGUUGGACACCGUGCUGCAGCUUCUGGGGGACCUGAGGCCGGGACAGUGCACCAAACUCAAAGUGUACGCUGGACGGUUACUGCUGAUGUCCCUGUACAACGUGAGCAUCAACCUGAAAGGCUUGAAGUACAUCAGCGAGAGCCCAGGAUUCAUCCCGCUGCUCUGGUGGCUUUUGAGUGGGCAGAGGCCUACGGACUCUGGAAACACAGUAGGGAGGACGGGGUGUCUUCGAAUUUAUGGACCCGGACACAGAGGUGUGUCUCCACGCGCUGCGACUCGUCCAGUCUGUGGUCCUGGAGCCGGAAGUCUUCUCCAAGUCGGCCUCCGAGUUCCGGAGCUCCCUGCCCCUGCAGCGCAUCGUGGCCAUGGCCAAGAGCCGCAACCCGCACCUGCAGACCGUGGCCCAGGAGCUCCUGGAGGACCUCCGCGCCCUGGAGUGUGACGUGUAGGGGCGCUCGGUGUGUCCCUUCCCCUCCCCCAGGCCCCCACUUUGUGUUCCGAAACCGUCACCGCGCGCCAUGUGUUAUGGACGGUAGAAUGUGAGCGACUCGAGAGGGACGUGACUGCGUAUGUACCCACACCGCUUCCUCCUGCGAGCGGCAGUGCCCGCGGGCGGCUGCUGGACCCGGCCAGGGGGCAGCUGCGGAAGACCCAUCCUUCUGGCGAGGCCCACGCCCAGGACCUGGAGGAGGGCCGUCUUUGAGCGGCUCCCGCUGCUCAGGGGACCUCCCGAGACCUCUGGGUUCCCCUGCACGAAGGGGAUGAAAUAGUCACGUGCCCCGCUGGUCAGCAUGUUCCUGGGAUACAUGUUUUGAAAAACAAUUCAUUCUCUCUCUAGUAGUGAUAAUUGAUUCCCUAAAAUGCAAGUUCACCUUUAAGCCUUUCGGUGAACUUGCUAGUUCAGGUGACAUUGGACGUUUCAGUUCUGUUUUUUGUGCCUGUUUUACUUUUGAAUAAAGAAAGCCAGAAGAG